AUGCAUCGUAAAAUGAUUAUAUAUAUAAUUGUAUUUAUCAUAAUUAUUUGUGUUUCAAUAUCUGUUAUUGUACCACUUGUUAUAACUCAAAAAUCAAAACGGGACGAAUCGGAAAGACAAAGUGAAAAUAUGCAUACAGAUUUAACAACUUCUAUGUCAAUGCCUAGUACACAAAUAAUAAUUUCAAUACCAACAGUAGGACCAUGGGAAAAUAGAAGAAAUUUCUCUACAGAAAACUGUUCACUUCCGUUAAUUCCUGUAUAUUAUGAAGCAGGUGAUGUGAAACUUGAUGAUCAAUAUAUCAACCAAUUGUACAGAAUUUUAGAUCUUUUUCUGGAUCAGAAUGAUAAUUUAUACGCCGUAGAUGCAUACAAUAAUCGUAUUUUAAAGUAUAAAUCAUAUUCAAGAGAAGAAAGUAUAGCUGCCGGAAAUGGAGUCGAUACUCGUCCAGAACUCCGCUAUCCGACAGCAAUAUUUGUUGAUCAAAAUGAAAACAUGUAUAUUGUUGAUCAUAAUGUUAAUAAUUCAUAUCGCGUAAUAUUCUGGCCGAAUAAUUCCAGAGAAGGUAUUGUUAUUAUUAAUAAUACCAAUAGUCUUUGUUUUGGUAUUUCCUUGGAUUGGAAUUUAAAUAUAUUCACCUCUGAAUAUAAUAAUAGUAGAGUGGUAAAAUGGUUGGCACCAUUUUAUGAGAAUUACAGUGUCGUAGCUGGAAAUGGAACUAAAGGUAAUCAAGCAAAUCAAUUAAAUUCUCCACGUGCCAUUUAUCUACAUUAUAUUAAUGAUGAUUUAUAUAUUAUGGAUGAGGGAAAUAAUCGAACACAACGAUGGUCUUCUGGAGCAAAAGCUGGUAUUACUGUUGCAGAAGAUGUUACAAAUUCAGUAGAUAUCGCUGUUGAUUGUCACAACAACUUGUAUAUUGUUGAUGGAUUACAUAGUAUUAUCAAAUAUUAUGGAUCAACUGCAAUAACAGGUUUAGAAGGCAUUACCAUUAUAAGUACUCAUAAUACAGAUUCCAUCUAUGGAUUAAAUCGUUUAAAAGCCAUAGCCUUUGACUCAACAAAUGGUAACAUCUACAUUGCAAAUUCUUAUAAUUCAAUCAAAAGUUAUUUUAUCGACAAUGAACUCAGUGUACAAGCUAAUGGAACACAAAAUAUUACAUUAUCAGUACCAGCAUGUCUUAUGUCAAAGAAUAGUAGUUGGACUCAAACACCUAAUAUCUUGAUUGGAAAUAAUUCAAUUUGUGGUUCAGAUGAUGAUCAGUUGUGCCAUCCGAGUGAUUUAUUCUUAGAUAUACAUAACAAUAUUUACAUUGCAGAUACAAACAAUGAUCGUAUUCAAAGAUAUGAUUUUUUAAAUAAAACUAUUUCAACUGUUCCUUAUUAUGGAUUAACAUCACCUUCAUCUGUGCUUGUGAAUCGUUAUACGAAUGAUUUGUACAUAUUAGAUUAUGAUCAAAGUAACUAUUUUCAACAAUAUUAUAGAAUAAAAUAUUGGCAGAGUGAAUUAUUAUUCGGAAAAAUUAUUAUUAAUAAUAAUGAAAAGAAAUCAUUUACUUCGGAUGUUGCUUAUGCAUUCUUAGAUAAAUAUUUGAAUAUUUACAUAUCAGAAUAUAAUAAUGGAUAUAUUAGAAAAUGGUUAUCACCACACUAUAUCUAUAAUACAAUUGUGGCUAAAAAUAUAACAACAAAUGCAGAGAAGAACAAUAAUAUAGCUCCUCGAGGUUUAUUUCUUGAUGAAAAUGAUAUUUUAUAUUUCUAUGAUGAUAAUAAUUCUCAAAUACAAAAAUGGUCUAUCGGUUCAACAAAUGGUUUGACAUUGAUUUCAAAUUUACCUUCAACCGAACGUAUUACAUCAGAUUGUUAUGGAAAUAUUUAUUUUGGAUCUAAUUCAAAUCAUAAUAUUUAUCAAUAUGAUAUUUUAUCUCGUCAAUUGAAAAUCAUUAUUAUGGCUAAGAAUACAUCAUAUAUUAGUGCCAUUAAACUGGAUACAUUAGGAAAUCUAUAUGUUAUAGAUACUUAUAAUAAUCAAUUACUCAAAUAUUCAAUUUUAUAA